AGGAGAGGUAUACUUAGGCUGUAUAAUCUUCUAGAGUAGAGGUUUCAUAGAAUGUGUUUAUAUGGUGUGGUGUGGGAUAUUAUUAUUUAGGUGGUUGGGACCCUGUGUUUCAUUUGAGUGUGUUUAGUUAAGUUAGUAUUGCGUAUAUUUGUAGUGUAUUGUUUUUUAUUACCCUUUUGUGUUUAUUGUAGCAUAUUGUUUUAUCCAUUUCAUCUACUUUCUGAUUUAUGCUUAUGUAAAUAUUUGUUUCCAAUCAAUAUAAAACCAUUUUUCACAUUUAUUGUUCAGUGAUCUCUUUGCCACACUAUACUGUAGAACUUUAGUUAUAUUAAUAAUCUUACAUAAUUGGCUUAGCCAGGCACGAGGCAGAUAUUAGAGUGGCAUUGAAAUCACUGACAUUGGAAAUAUAUAUUUGCUGAACAUAAAUUUAGUAGGAAAAAUGGAAGGAAUUAACAAAUAGAUUGCAAUGGUUAAAAAUACUGAGGAUCUGUUAAAGUGUAUGCUGGGUGCAGAUGAUCCCUGGUACCAGGUCAAAAGUUUUGUAACCACAGCAAUUAAAGAAAAAGUCCUAUCAAACGAGAAGGGUAGGAGAGAUUUGUUAUUUUCUGCAUGUUGGAUUGCAGAGAACUAUAAAACUCUCAAAGAUCAGAAUAAGAUGUUGGGGGAAAAGCUAGAAGAUCUGAAAGGUCAUUAUAAUGCCCUUAAAAUUACAGCAAGCACUGCCUCAGCCAUGUGUGUUAAUUACCAUAAAACUGUAAAUGAAAAUUCUGCUUUAAAGGUGGAAAAUGAGGAACUUUUAGGACGGUUAAGAGAUGCAGAGGGAGCUAUACGUUGUCUUGGUGCAUUGCUUAACCAACCACAAGUUGAUCAUUCUCACUGUAAAAGUGAAAUUGAGCACUUAAAAGCACAACUAAGGAGAAAGGAUGCAGUUGUUGCAGCUUUUAAUGUUCCGGGAAAUCCAAUCACAGAUAUUUUAGGUUGGGAUAUAAACGCUGCUCACUCAGCUUUUGUCACCUGCAAGCAAAGGAGAGAGGAGCCGGUACAAGCAUUUUCUGAACGCCUCUAUACAUUAUACAGCUGCACUGUACAGAAACCAGCAAAGGCAGACCUGGAGGAUAACGUGUUCAAAUCUGCACUGCUUACACAGUCCCUUCCAGAAAUCUAUCAACUAGUUGGGUUAACUGUAGGUCCAGCCAACUCUUACCUGGAAGUAAUAGAUUGUUUAAAAAGAGCAGAAUCUGUGGUGAAAGAAUGCCAAAGGGAUUUCAAAAGCAACAUUCCAGUUGUUAAAGUGUCACAACCCAUAAGGAAAAUGAACACAGGAAGGCUCACUUUUUCACCCAAUCAAUCCAAAAAGAGAUGUUAUGCAUGUGGUAAUCUGGGACAUAUAGCCAUGAACUGUACAGCAACAACAAACUGUUCAAAUGCAAAUGUUCAGUCCUCACCGCCCAUUUCACAAAUAACCAUGCUACUCCAGGAUAUGCAGAAAGACAUUGAGGUCUUGAAGAGAAACAGAUUAAAAGCAAAUGCUAUAUUCCCUCCAGACCCAGCACUGCAUAUUAACACACAGAGUGAUGUAGACAGUAAUCAAGAAAGCUAAAAACAAAAAA